GCCAACGCUUGAGGGUAGAGAUAGGACGAGCGUGAUUUUCAGCCUUAUGUCGCUAGAUGGCGGUCUACAAACCGGGAACACGCGUGCCUAGAAAGCCGAGAAUACAGCAGGGGCAUCGUUAGUGCUAAUUUCGUACCGGAGGGAGAAAGGCUGAGCUGGAACGAACUGAAACGAUAGAGGAUUGUAUUACUAGAGAGGAUGUGGAGGAGAGGAGGCGGAGAACAAAGGAAUUUCCUUUUCCGGCUCAGCCACGGGAGGAAGAUGGCGUCGGUGGAGUCUCUUCCCCUGUUUCGAGGGUCGAAGCGGCUCCUGGGAGGGCAUUUUGCUGGUCCAAGAAGCUUCUUCAGCUCUCACUGGAUGAGAAAGCAGAUGCGAAGAAGAGCAAUGUGAACAACAGAGAAUGAGAAGCAGCCUUAAAAAUACCAUCAAUCAAAAUCUUUUCUACCUCCUCCAGAAAGUGUAAAAACUCUUCUCCUUCCUCAGCAGAUAAGAAACAAGGGAGAGAAUAACAAGAACAGAGUUUUGAGAUGAAAAAAUAAAGUAUAUAGAACCCAAGGAUACAUUACAUGAGAAGUCAAUGAGCUCAGUUUUCAAAUAAAGAAAGAAAAAUGGGAAAUAGCUGGAAGUCAGUGGGAAGGAAAAGAUACCUUGGAUAUCCAAAAUGGGCAAGUAUUAAUUAAAGCCUUUGAGGAAGGAAAGAACGGUUUGAAUCAAAGAACCUCCAAAGAAAGAGAUCAGAAAUAUUUUUGGCCUCCUCAAGAAUCCAAGAUUAUCAGAGUUGGGAAAACCCCACAGAGUGCCUAUUGUGGGAAAAAUACAGAUUGCAGAUCACGGCUGAAUAUGCGCGAGAGGAUCCACCCUAUGAAAAGUCAUAGGAAUGUUUGGAGAGCGGCAAAACUUUACUCAGAACAACUUUUUCAUGAUUCAUGGAAGGACCUAUUCUGGAGAGAAGCUCUACCACUGCUUCCAAUACGACAAAAGAUUUAGCCUGCACACAAAUCUGGUGAUACACAGGACUCACAGUGGAAAGAAACCAUAAGUGUCCAGACUUUGGGAAAAGUUUCACUUAGAAUUCCAAGCUGGUGAUACACCAAAGUCACACAGGAGAAAAACUAUAUGAGUGUCUUGAUUGUAGGAAAAGUUUCAGCUAGAAUUCCAAUUUGAUGAGAGAUAUGACGACUCACACUGAGGAGAAACUCUUUGAAUGUCUUGAUUGUGGCAAAGGCUUCAGUAAUAAUUCCAACCUGAUCAUACACCAGAGGACUCACACAGGAGUGAAACCAUAUGAGUGUCCGGAUUGUGGGAAAUGUUUCAGUCAGAAUGGCAAUCUAGUGAGACACCAAAGAACUCACAGAGGAGAAAAACCAUAUGAAUGUUCAGAUUGUGGGAAAAGUUACAAAUGGGAUUCUUCCCUGGUGAUACACCAGAGGACUCACACGGGAGAGAAACCAUAUCAGUGUCCAGAUUGUGGGAAACGUUUCAGUAAGAAUUCCAACUUGGUGAUACACCAGAGAUCUCACACUGGAGAAAAACCAUAUGAAUGUCCAAUUUGUGGGAAAAGUUUCCAGCAGAAUGCUAACCUGGUGAACCAUCAGAGUAUUCACACAGGAGAGAAACCAUAUGAGUGUCUGUACUGUGGGAAGCGUUUCAUUAAGAAUUCCAACCUGGUGAUACACCAGAGGACCCACACAGGAGAAAAACCAUAUGAGUGUCCAGAUUGUGGCAAAAGUUUCAGUCAGAAUUCCUACCUGGUGAGACACCAGAAGACUCACACAGGAGUGAAACUGUAUGAGUGUCCGGAUUGUGGGAAAAGUUUCAGUCAGUGUGGCAAUCUAGUGAUACACCGGAGGACCCACACAGGAGAAAAACCAUAUGAGUGUCCAGAUUGUGGCAAACGUUUCAGUAAGUAUGGCAAUCUGGUGAUACACCAGAGGACCCACACAGGAGAAAAACCAUAUGAGUGUCCAGAUUGUAGCAAAUGUUUCAGUCAGUAUGGCCAUCUGGUGAUACACCAGAGAACUCACACAGGAGAAAAACCAUAUCAGUGUUCAGAUUGUGGGGAAAAUUUCAGUCAAAAUUCCUACCUGGUGAAACACCAGAGAACUCACACAGGAGAAAAACCAUAUGAGUGUCUGUUUUGUGGAAAAAGUUUCAUUCAGAAUUCGUACCUGGUGAAACACCAGAGGGCUCACACAAGAGACAAACCAUAUAAGUGUCUGUUUUGUGGGAAAAGUUUCAUUCAGAAUUCGUACCUUGUGAUACACCAGAGGACUCACACAGGAGAGAAACCAUAUAAGUGUCUUGAGUGUGGGAAAAGUUUCAUAAGGAAUUCCAGUUUGGUGAUGCACCGGAGGACUCACACAGGAGAGAAGCUGUAUGAGUGUCCGGAUUGUGGGAAAGAUUUCAGUAGUAAGCCUAGCCUUAUCAAUCAUGUAAGGUUACACACAGGGGAGAAACCAUUCAAAUGCCCAGAUUGCGGAAAAUGUUUCACACGGAAUUCCUCCCUUAUCAAACACAAGAAAUUCCACACGAGGUGAAAUUUGAUCUCUGUAGAGGUAUCUUGAACUUCAUUUCUCGUCACUCAUUGAAAGCUGAGCUAAGCAUUUAAUUUUUUGCCUUCUUCUUUUUAAUCAAACAUGUCUUAAUAUCAAAAAUGAGGGAGGAGAUCUGAGCUUCCUUUCUCUGGCCCAGUGCAGUUGUUUCCUUUCACGGAGUUGAGGGGAAUUGCUGUGCUGAGCCAAAGAAAAGGAGCUUAGCGCUCUAUUAGGUAUGUUUGCUGACUUGAAGUACUUGUAUAUAUAAUAAAGCGGGAUAUAAAUAUU